AUGCUUAAAUAUGAAUUGACUUCAAAACUUCGAGAUUUAAUAAAAGAACUGGGUCUCAACCCUGACCAAAUAGAUAAUGUGUUGUCCAAAGAAUACAUAACUCAAGAGAACUUGGUGCGAUUUUAUAGGGCAAGGCGACCUACCAAAUCUCUAUUGCAAUUGAUUUCCCUAACAAAGUUGGUGGUAGAUAAGAAUGAGCCUGAAAAACAACCCAAGUCGAAAGAGUUUUUGAAAUCAAUAGAACUCCUUCGUUUAAAAGCGAAGGAAGCUGAAUAUCAAGCAUUGGUAAAUCCUGCUCCACAAUUUAAAACGUUAUAUGAGACAAACUCCAAAGAUAAAUCAACUGCGGCACAAGCUGUAAAGGAAACAAAGAGUCAUGUCACUACAAUAUUUAACGUAUUAGUCAGUGUGGCCAGUGUGGUAUAUGCUAUUUGGUAUUGGACGGACAGUUCUUGGAAGUUAAGCAAUGCUUAUAGAGUUUUGCUUUGUUUGUUUUUUGGGAUGUUGGUAUUAGUAGCUGAGGUGGUUGUAUAUUUGGGCUACUUGAAUAAAAUUGAGGAAGCUCGUAUCAAGGAAAGAAGUAAAAAGGAAAUCAAGAAGGUAAUUAAAACAUUAUAA